AUGCCCCUUGUCGACAACUCCCAGAUCAAGGGCGCCGAGCUCCUCUCGCCGCGGCCCUUGUAUCUACACGCCUACGUAUGGCCGUUCGCCAUCGUAUGGCCCAUCUUUGCGCGCUACCUGUACACCCCCGAGCUGUACGAGAAGCACAUCAGCUCGUCCGAGUGGACCUUCGUGUGGUGCGCCACCAUCAUCACGCUGCAGAGCCUGGUCUGGCUCACCACCCACUGGAGUGUCAACCUCAAGGCCACCUUCACUGCCGCCAAGGCCAACACCGUCGAGGACGCCCAGCUGAUCAAGGUCAUCCCCAUCGCCAACGCCGGGUCCGCCGACAUCUGUGACAUCAUCCGCGACAAGGUCAACGGCAAGACGAACCUCUCCUUCUUCUUCCAGAAGCGCCGCUUCCUCUACGACCCCGCGAAGCGAUACUUCAGCCCCCUGACCUACGAGAUCGAUGUCGAGCCGAAGCCCACCAUCGACAAGUUCCAGAAGUCCAAGGGCAUCACGAGUCAGGCUGAGCUAACGAGGCUCGAGCAACACUAUGGCACAAACACAUUCGACAUUCCUGUGCCAACCUUCACCGAGCUUUUCAAGCAGCACGCCGUCGCCCCCUUCUUCGUCUUCCAGAUCUUCUGUGUCGGUCUGUGGAUGCUCGACGACUACUGGUACUACUCCCUGUUCACCCUCUUCAUGCUGGUCGUCUUCGAGAGUACCGUGGUCUGGCAGCGACAGAGGACCCUGAACGAGUUCCGCGGCAUGAGCAUCAAGCCCUACGACAUGUGGGUCUACCGCCUGGGCAAGUGGUCCGAAAUUCAGAGCGACAAGCUUCUACCGGGUGACCUCGUGUCCGUGGGACGCACAAAGGAGGACAGCGGCGUUGCUUGCGACAUGCUGCUGGUAGAAGGCACCGCCAUCGUGAACGAAGCCAUGCUGUCGGGCGAGAGCACACCGCUACUCAAGGACUCGGUUCAGCUACGACCUGGUGAUGCGCCUAUUGACACAGAGGGUCUGGACAAGAACUCAUUUCUGUGGGGUGGUACCAAGGUCCUGCAGGUCACCCAUGGCAAUGCCGAUGAGGAGAGACCGAAGCUUGCGUCUGGCGUCCCAGUGCCCCCCGAUAACGGCGCCAUGGCUAUCAUCGUGAAGACUGGCUUCGAGACCUCCCAAGGUAGCCUGGUCCGGACCAUGAUCUACUCGACCGAGCACGUCUCGGCCAACAACGCAGAAGCCCUGUUCUUCAUCCUGUUCCUGCUCAUCUUCGCAAUCGCUGCCUCUUGGUAUGUCUGGGACGAGGGCGUCAAGAAAGACCGGAAACGGUCGAAGCUGCUCUUGGACUGCAUCUUGAUCGUCACCAGUGUUGUGCCCCCUGAGCUGCCCAUGGAACUCAGCCUCGCCGUCAACACCAGUCUUGCCGCCUUGGCCAAGUUGGCUAUCUUCUGUACCGAGCCUUUCCGUAUCCCGUACGCUGGUCGCGUUGACAUCGCCUGCUUCGACAAGACCGGCACCCUUACCGGUGAGGAUCUGGUCGUCGAGGGCAUCGCCGGCUUGGGACUGGGACACACCGGUACGGAUACGCCUCGGGAAUCUGACGGCGCCCACAGCCACAUGACGCCAGUCAAACAGGCCGGCAUGGAGACGACUCUGGUGCUUGCCUCGGCCCAUGCCCUUGUCAAGCUUGACGAAGGCGACAUCGUCGGUGAUCCCAUGGAAAAGGCGACCUUGACCGCGCUCGGAUGGGGACUGGGCAAGAAUGACACUCUCGCCGCCAAAUCUUCCGUCACAGCCGCAGGAGGCACUGCUGGCACUGUACAAGUCAAGCGCCGGUUCCAGUUCUCGUCGGCUCUGAAGCGCCAGAGCUCCGUCGCCACUGUCAAUGCCGUGGACCCCAACACAGGCAACAGGUUGCGUGGCACCUUUGUCGGUGUGAAGGGUGCACCAGAGACCAUUAUGAAGAUGCUUGUCACUGUUCCUCGAGAUUACGAGGAGACGUACAAGUAUUUCACCCGGCGGGGCUCGCGUGUGCUUGCUCUCGCCUACAAGCAACUGACUGUUGAUAACGAAUUGGGCUCGGGCAGGAUCAACGAGCUGAAGCGUGAGAAGGUCGAGUCGGAGCUCACCUUCGCCGGUUUCCUGGUCCUCCAGUGUCCCUUGAAGGACGAUGCGAAGCAAGCCGUGCAGAUGUUGAACGAAAGCAGCCACCGCGUCGUCAUGAUUACCGGAGACAACCCUCUUACGGCUGUGCAUGUGGCCCGCGAGGUCGAGAUAGUAGACAGGGAUGUUCUCAUCCUCGACGCACCGGAACGGAACGAGGGAGGCGAGAAACUGGUCUGGCGAAGUGUGGACGACAAGACCAGUAUCGAAGUUGACGCGUCCAAGCCAAUCGACCCUCAAAUCCUCAAGUCGAAGGAUAUCUGCGUCACCGGAUACGCGCUUGCCAAGUACAAGGAGAACGUCUCUGCCUGGCGAUCGCUGUUGCGUUAUACCUGGGUCUAUGCUCGUGUCUCCCCGAAACAGAAGGAGGAAAUUAUUCUCGGUCUCAAGGACAUGGGCUAUUUCACCCUCAUGGCGGGCGAUGGCACCAACGACGUUGGCGCCUUGAAACAGGCACACAUUGGCAUCGCUCUCCUCAAUGGCACCCAGGAGGACCUGACGAAAAUUGCCGAGCACUCCCGCAACACCCGGAUGAAGGAGAUGUACCAGAAACAGGUCGAUCUGAUGAAGCGAUUCAACCAGCCCGCCCCGCCUGUCCCUGCAAUGAUUGCGCAUCUCUACCCCCCUGGUCCGUCCAACCCGCAUUAUCAGAAGGCAAUGGAACGCGAGGCGAAUAGGAAGGGCACCACUGUCGGGGAGCUCGCCAGGUUAAACGGAACCAGCAUGGAGACGGUGACGUCGCCGGCCGCGCAGCAACUGAUGAACCAAGAUGGCCGGACGGCUAGGCAGCAAGAGUCGAUGAAGAAGGCCUCCGGACUCGCGGACAAGAUGACGACGGCCAUGAUGGAACAGGAGCUCGGUGAGGACGAGCCGCCAACGCUCAAGCUCGGCGAUGCUUCGGUUGCGGCGCCCUUCACCAGCAAGCUGCGGAACGUGGUGGCGGUGCCGAACAUCAUCCGACAGGGCCGCUGCACGCUGGUGGCGACGAUCCAGAUGUACAAGAUCCUGGCUCUCAACUGUCUCAUCAGCGCCUACAGUCUCAGUGUUCUCUACCUCGAAGGCAUCAAGUUUGGCGAUGGGCAGAUCACCAUCAGCGGGAUGCUCAUGAGCGUCUGCUUCCUGUCCAUCUCCCGUGCCCGGUCCGUCGAGGGUCUGUCCAAGGAGAGGCCUCAGCCGAACAUCUUCAACUUCUAUAUCAUCGGCUCCAUCCUUGGCCAAUUCGCGGUGCACAUUGUCACGCUCAUCUACAUUGCGCGAUUCUGUGACAAACUUGAACCUCGCUCUGAGAUGGUGGACCUCGAAGCCGAGUUUUCGCCCUCGCUUCUCAACAGUGCCGUGUACCUCCUGCAGCUGAUUCAGCAGAUCUCUACUUUUGCGGUCAACUACCAGGGCAGACCUUUCCGGGAGUCGCUUUCGGAGAACAAGGGCAUGUUUUACGGCAUCAUCGGCGUGACGGCGAUUGCGUUCUCGUGCUCGACCGAGUUCAUCCCCGAGCUCAACGACCAGAUGAAGCUCGUCAAGUUCAGCGACGAGUUCAAGACGACCAUGACGGCGGUCAUGGUCAUCGACUACGUCGGCUGCUAUGUCAUUGAGGUGGUGCUCAAGGCGCUUUUCAGUGACUAUCGCCCUCGCGACAUUGCGCUCCGACGGCCCGAGCAACUCGAGCGUGAGAGGGUGCGAAAGGAGGCGGCGAAGGCUAUAACGGACGCCGAGGAAGAGAAGAAGCGGCUAGCAAAAGUGGAGGAGUUUGAGAAGAAGGUCGAGGAGCGAAGGCAGAAGAUCCGCGAAUGGGGCAACAACCGCGGACAAGCCCAGGCACAGGUGGCGAGGUAG